AUGUUCCCCUACCUGCAGGGCGGUCCACGGAUGAUGCAGUCCUAUCCAGGCAUGUCCCAGUCCCAACAAGGCGCACGACCAACACCACAGACCCCCGGCAUCGCCGGCGCUGGCAGCGACGGCGCAUCCGGGCAACAGGGCGGCUACCUCAACAGCGCCCGGUCACCCGGCGGUGCCAGCGGCUUCCCGUUCGGAGCUUCGGCAGGCUCGGGGACCACGCCCGGCGCAGGUGGCCUGGCCUCCCAGCUCAACAGCCUCGGCGGAGGACAGGCCGGGCAGGGCCAGGGCCAAGGCCAGGGCGGUCAGCUCGAUCUCAGCGACUUUCCGGCGCUCGGUUCCGGCCAGCAGGGCGGCCAGGGUCAGAACCAGGGCGGCGCUCCAGGGCUAGCAGGGUUCGGCGCUCUGAGCGGCAGCGGCAACCCGCUCUCGAGCUACGCAUCCCAGGCUGGGACCGGCGGGCUGACCGCCGCGCUCAGAGCCGGCGCACCACCAGGCUCGUUCUCGCAGGACGAUUCCCGGCAUUGA